AUGGGUCCGUCGGGUGCGGGAAAGUCAACGCUAUUGAAGUGCGUGAAUAUGCGCUCAAACAGAGGUCUGAGUCCAGAAACACAACUUUUUGUCAGCAAAACAACUCAAUUGAGAACCGCUUUUAUUAUGCAAUCAGAAAACGAACACAUUCUCAAUGGAUUAACUGUUAGAGAAUCCUUAGUGUUUGCUUCGAAAAUCAAGAAUAGAGUGACCAUUAGUCACAUCUACGACAGACCCGUCAAUAUCGCUCCGUCGGCAGCGUUUGAAAGCGACAAAACGGCACUCGAGUCGGGGUUCGGCUUCGGACAGGAGUUCGAGCCGCUGGACAUCGACGGCAAGUUUGAUCACCAGAUGAAUGUCAGGCGUCUAUUGUCUGAACUGCUUCUGGAGGACUGCGCGGACACAACUGUCCAGCGAUGCAGUGGUGGAGAGCGGAAGCGCCUAACAGUGGGUCUGGAAUUAGUACAACAAACCAAACCAAACCUCUUGUGUAUUGACGAACCGACGAGUGGUUUAGACAGCAAUUCAGCAGAAAUCUUGUAUGUCCUGUCAAAGGGGGGUCACUGUGUAUACGCCGGACCGCCCGCUCAGCUCAGGGCACAUCUCAACAGUUGCGGCAUUGCCUGUCCGGUAGAGUUCGCCCCAAUUGAGUUCAUUCUGAAGAUUGCCUCAAAAUUUCCAAAUAAUGCUUUAUUAACCGUCGGUAACGGAUCUAUGGAGAGCUCACAGGUUUAA